UUCCGAUAGGUUUAUAUCGAAUUGCUCAAACACAUUUACUUUACCGGUCUUUUUAUGGAAUAAUAGCAAUUAAUUAACUUGGUAAACUAAAUGAAAACAUGAAUAAGGCCUCGCGAAUUUUCUGCCCGGCUCUCAUUACGCCCAAAAAUGCGGUGGUCAAGCCCACGGAGCAGCUGUCCCGCAGCCAAAAGCUCCUGACCGAACUGGGACUGGUGAAGUCGGGCAGUAAUGGCACAUACCAGAUAAUGCCCAUGGCGCAGCGAUCGGUGGACAAGUUGAUUGACCUGGUGCAGAGGAACAUGCAACUGGCCGGUGGCCAGAAGAUCACCCUGCCCAUCCUGACGCCCACGGGGCUUUGGAAGAGGACAGGACGACUGGAGGGCGACAUAUCCGAGUUCUACAUGGUGCGGGAUCGCAGUGGCAAGCAGUUCCUCAUGAGUCCAACCCACGAGGAGGCGGUGACUGCCAUGCUGGCCACGAAUUCGCCCAUUUCCUAUCGCCAGCUGCCCCUGAGGCUAUACCAAAUCGGUCCCAAGUUCCGGGAUGAGCUGAAGACACGUUUCGGGCUGAUGCGAGCCAAGGAAUUCCUGAUGAAGGACAUGUACUCCUUUGAUGUCUCCGAGGAAACAGCCAGGGAAACGUACGCCAUAGUUAGUGUGGCCUACAACAGGUUGUUUCAACAGCUAGAGGUUCCUUUUGUCAAGGUAAAUGCCGCCACUGGCAUGAUGGGUGGCAGUGUUUCCCAUGAAUACCACUAUGUUUCGCCCGUGGGCGAGGAUACCCUGCUGCAGUGCAGCUCCUGCGGCUUCGCUGGCAACUCUGAAGUGCUGGACAGCCAGGCAGACAGCUGUCCCAGCUGUAAAAGCAGGGAUCUAAAGGAUGUACGCGGAGUGGAGGUGGCCCACACCUUCCUGUUGGGCGACAAGUACUCCAAGCCCCUGGGCGCCACCUUCUUGAACACCUGCGGCAAGCCACAAACGCUGCUAAUGGGCUGCUUUGGCAUCGGCAUCACCAGGGUUAUUGCUGCAGCUCUGGAGGUCCUCUCCACCGACCAGGAACUCCAUUGGCCCAUGCUGGUGGCUCCUUACGAUGUGUGCGUUAUAGGACCCAAGCAAGGCAGCCGGGAGCAACCGGCAGCGGAGGUGAUAGAGAACGAACUGCUGCUCAAUGUGGGCGAGCUGUGUGGCCACCAGGAGCUGCUGCAUGACGACCGCAAGGAACUGACCAUAGGCAAACGUUUGCUGGAAGCCAAGCGAUUGGGUCAUCCUCUUAUCAUUGUGGUGGGAGCAAAGGCAGUCCAGCAGGAUGCCCCCAAACUGGAAGUGCACCUCAGUAGAGGCGAAAAACUUGAGCUGGAUCUUAGUGAAGCCCUGAAACUAGUAGCAGAACAUAGCCACUACAAGAAAAGCCUUCUAAAAGGAAGCUUUCAACCCGACAAAGAUGAAAGUAAAAGUCAAUCAGUUGGCCAUCAGCUUUAG